CAUCAUUCCCGAAGUUCCUGAGGUGCAGCCAGUGUUAGUGUUCUCCCAUCCUCCCUCCCCCCCUCAUCUCUACCUGCAGGCGAGCAAGCACAAGCAGACUCAGCUCUGCUUUACACCUUUUCAUCUGUUUAUCUCUCCGCCCUCCCUCCUCAACACCCCCACCAGUCGCAGUUGACCACUUGAAAGCUUGCUUGAGGAUGGACCGAAACCGCGGAUUUGAUGUGUUCAUUUCAGCACAUCGAGAGGCCAUGGGUGAGGCUUUGGCGCUCAGGGACAGACUUCGGAACGUCCAGCUUCUCGGCGAACAACGGGGUGCUCCAACCGUGUUCUUGCGCGACGAACGCAUGGGCGAAGAAAUAAUGGAAGGCGCACUCCGCAACUGUUCGCUCGUGGUGGUGCUCGCGUCCUCCAGCUAUGGCACAGGACAAGAGCAAGGUGACCUGCGAUAUGUGCUGAGCGAAGGCAAGCCGUUUCUCGCGGUCAAGCGGGACGACCAGCUCCAAGUGGAGUGGGUGCAGAACGCUCUCAACGGUACCAACUGGCUGUCGUGGUUUGAGGAACGCGAACAACAGCCGCAGCCGCAGCCGCAGCACCAGCGGUUUGCUCGCAUCGAGGUUCGCUGGCAGAUAUUGCGCCGCAUUCGAGACACGCUUGAGGCGCUGCAACAGCGAGCACCCGAUGAAGAACACCCGCGUCAGCCCUGGCUCGCGAGGACAGUUCUUUUGGCGCUGGCUAUCGUGAUUCUUGGCCAAGCCAUCUUCGGCGUGACCCAGCAAUCGCUCCUGGGGCAAGUUGGUGAAUCAGGUCACGGUUGGACCAACCUUCAGGUGUUUCAGCGCUUGGACGCGAUUGAAAGGCGGCUGGAACACCUGGAAUACGUUGACGAACGCCUCUCGGAUGUUGAGGUCGCACUCAUAGACAUGGAAGAAGUCAUGGACCGAGUGCGAAAAUUGGAGAAAGGCGCGCACGCGUGGAUGGCUGUGGAAGACAUGGAGCAGCGGAUGCGUUCCCUUGAAGAGGGAUUCCAAGAUCAAACGCACCUGCGAGACAUGGUGCACCGUGUGAAUGCACUUGAAGGACAGAUGCGCGCUUGCACGGCUGUUCAAGACGUCGAGAAGCGAGUGCGCAAAUUAGAGAAACAAAUGAAGUCGCGUUCAACCGUCGACUGUGACACGCAGGAUACAGACGAGGAUGUUGUCGGACAACUCGUCACCCUCGAAGUGCAAAUGGCGACACUCGAAGACCGCACCAGCACGCUGGAAGAACACGAUGAAGCUCUUGCCUCACUUCGAGAACAGCUUCAUGGAUGCGAACAGCUGGGCGACGUGGUUGCAGAUCAGGCCGGAACUUGCUACUUUGACAGUGGCUCAUGCCCGCCGCUGAAUGUUGAGCCAGACGUGAUUGUCGAAUAUCCACACGGCGAACAAGUGUCAACAGCCCUCUGGGGGUGGGAAGUGAUGGUUUGGCACCCUUCUGGAGGUGCUGUUGCUGCGGCUCUACAAUCUCCCGGCAUUGUGCUUCGUUUCCAUUGUUCCAGGGACCACUACGUGUCAGGCCAUAUCUCAACUACAUGUCUGCGCUCUCUGCAGUGGAGUCACCAACCACCAAAAUGUAUUCCGCUGACAAACUGCCGUCCCUCUGAAUACGUGGAGGCGCCAGCUUCAGAAUCAACUGAUCGCAUUUGCGCCACGUGCCCGCCGGGUACAUUCAGUGACUCAGAAAACGCCGCCAAAUGCUCAGUGGUCCGCAGAUGUAGCCCUGGUGAAUACAUGUUACGCGAGGCAACCCCCACGUCAAAUCGUGAAUGCAAGCAGUGCACAACCCGAGCAGAAACAAUUACACGCCCACUGGGCACUAAGCCUGAAACUGACGUGGAUGACUGGGCUGACCUUGUUCUUGCUGCCAACGGAGUGUUUUACGGUAUUCCGGCGCACGCAACAUCCGUACUCGCCUACAACCCAAACGGCACAGUUCAUGCCGAAAUUGACGUGAGUUUCUAUGGCGAUAGUUGGAAGUGGAGUGCAGGCGUUCUUGCUGAUGGCCUCAUCUUUGGCAUUCCGUACGACGCUGCGGCGGUUCUGGUCAUCCACCCAAGCAGUGAUAGCAUUAGUGACAUCAGCGUUGAAUGCGGAAGGACGGCGUGUUGGAAAGGUGGCGCACUCGCCGGCAAUGGCAAAAUUUAUGCUACGCCUCACCAUGCGGAUGAAGUCCUGAUCAUUGAUCCGGUUGCCCUGACUGUGGAUACCACAACUAUCAUCGGUCUUGGUCUUGGGUGGAAAUGGGCUGGUGCUACGCUGGCACAGGAUGGCCGAAUUUACUGCGCACCCUUUGAUCGUGGCAGUUUGCUCGUGAUUGACCCGACGACUAACACAGCCGAAGAAUGGGGUGUCAUGGUCCUCGACACAAACGCAGCAGCAUUCAGUGACAUAAUCACUGCGGCAAACGGAUUGUUGUUCGCGAUUCCUUUCAACGCGCGGUUUGUUGCUGUCGCUGAUCCAAAGACAAGGGAUUUCGCGGGCAUAUCUGGACUGUCAUGGGACGGAUCGAAAUGGGGUGCGGCGAGGCUUGAUCGGUUUGGGCGCAUCGUUGCAAUGCCAUACCGAGCCAACAGCGUGCUCCUCAUCGAUCCUGACACCGGGACAAUUGCAUACAAUUCCACAACAACGAAUGGCUGCCUAGGUGCUGCCACGACUCGCGAUGGUAUUGUUCACUGCAUCCCAAAUCACACGCAGGAUGCAAUGCUGUUGGUUGACUACCCAUGCGACUCAAGGAAGAAGCCAUAAACAAAGGAAGAUAUAAGAAGUGCGCCUGGGCACUAAGUGCUCUUUCAGAAUUGUUUGUGUCAGCGUUCCACUCAUUUGCCCAAAUCACC